AUUUUUGUCUAAGUCGUCAUUGUUCAAUUGGUUUUCUUUUUGCAGUGGUUUGGGCCAUAAACUCGAUCUUUGGUUCAAUUAAAUUCCAUCACCUUGUCAUUGCCCAGGUUGCCAGGUUACUGUCGACUCCACUACAAGCUCAUGACAGACCUGAAGAGCACUUAAGCGGGCGGCGUUACCGACAUUGCUACCAGACCAAAACCCCUAAACUGGCGCCGUCCUCAGGCCAUAGGACUGACUGCCCUGCCUUCCUUUCAACGGCUGUCCAACGGGAAGGGCGACGACCGUAUUUUAUUUGCUAGAUCGACGUGCACUGCAGGAAUUGACACUGUCUGUGUGGGUUCUAUUUUGUACCAGAAAGCCACGACUCAUUCGAACGAAGCUAUCCCAUCUAUUGCGUCAAUCAUGUCAGCCACGCUUGGCGCUAGGGCGCCACCCUUCGAUUCUCCCGCGCCGCUGCACAACGCAAGCGUCCAGCAAGAUUUGGAUGAGCGGUUCCGUCAGGGACAAAGCCCCGCGGGGCUGUCGAGAGCUCUGAGCAGCGCCAGCGGCAAUUACAACAACACAUCUGCGCAACAUCAAGCCCCCAGCGGAUACUUUCCGAUAUACCCUGAUGAUCAGCAGCAGCUCCAACAGCAAUAUCAGGAUCCGAUCAACCACACCCAACAAUCACAGGCGCAGCAGGACCUGUCAUAUCAAGAACAAGACUCUACUUUGCUCAACACCCAACCCAACACAGCAGCAGCGGGUCUGUCGCCCUACGACAACGUCACAUCCCCGUCGCAUCGUGCUCCCAAAUUCACCGAAGAGUGGGACGCCUCGAGGAGGGGGAGUUCCAUCGUAGACGGCCACAUGCCUCACGCCAACAGCAGCACGAUGCAGCGGUCCAACUCGUACGCCGGGUCCUCCGUGGCCGACCGGCCGGAGAGCCAGCAGCUAUCGCGCGGCAACACGCUCAAGAAGAAGGCAUCUCUCAAGCGCGGUGGCAGCCUGAAGCGCAGCGGAAGCCGCAGGAGCAUGAAGGCCGGUAGCGUUCGCAGUCUGGCCCUGCAGUCUAACGGGCCUACAGAGGAUGAAGACAGCCCCUUUUGGUGCCCUGUUGCGACCCAUGGGAAUCCUACAGAGGUGCUCGCAAACCGUUUCCAGGCAUGGCGCAAGAUCCUCAAGGAUCUCAUUGCAUAUUUCCGAGAGAUCCAGAAUCACUAUGAGCACCGUUCAAAAUCCUUGAUUAAACUAGGCAAUGUACUCAACAACACAUCGAUGCCGCCAGGGUUUCUUCCCAGUGGCGGCCUGGACGACGCCAUCGACAUCUUGAAGGGUCACAACAAGAAGGCCAUCGAAGAAGCCAACAGGGCUCGUGAGAUUGAAGAAGACGUCAUCUUGGCGCUCAUUGGCCUGCGAAGCGACCUCCAGCAGAAGAUCAAGGAAAUUAAAAACCUUGCGGGCGACUUCAAGAACACCGUCGACAAGGAGACGGAGGCUACUAGAAAGGCCGUGAAGCAGCUCAACGAGAUCCUGGGCCAGGCCGAGGCCGAUCCAUCUCUCACUACCGGCAAGCAGGACCCUUACCUGUUACGCCUGGCCGUGGACAGGCAAAUUGAGAGGCAGAUUGAGGAGGAGAACUACUUGCACAGGGCUUACUUGAACAUUGAGAGAUCUGGGCGUGAUCUCGAGUCGAUUGUCGUUGGCGAGGUUCAGAAAGCGUACAACGCAUACGCCGGAAUCCUCAAAAGGGAAGCCGAGACAUCCCUGGAUGCGGUCGGUGAGUUGCGAGCUGGGCCUAUUUCGAUGCCCAAGGACAACGAGUGGGAGCACUUUGUAUCCAAGGACGACAAAUUUGUGAACCCCAACAUGCCACUACGAAGUCCAGAACGAAUUCAUUACCAAGGGCAGGAUGCUCUCGCUUGCCAGGAGAUUAGGGCCGGAUUGCUUGAGCGCAAGAGCAAAUAUCUCAAGAGCUAUACGGCUGGAUGGCAAGUGGCCUACUUUCCCAAGAAAUAUAUUUCAACCAUAUCUGCUGACUAUUUCUAUCCCGGCUUAGCCGAUAAGACGCAGGCGCCGGUCAUGUCCCUGUUCCUCCCCGAGCAGAAGCUUGGCUCGCAUUCGACCGAAGGAGCUUCAUCGAACAAGUUUAUCAUUAAGGGACGACAGACGGGUUCGAUGCACCGAGGCCAUACUUGGGUCUUCCGGGCUGAGAGUCACGACACGAUGAUGGCAUGGUACAUGGAUAUUAAGCUGCUCACCGAGAGCUCCCCCGAGGAGCAGAGCAAUUUCGUACGCAAGCACUCGCGCAGCUAUAGCAGGUCAUCGCAGCACUCUGCUAGCAGCGACGGCAUGGUCGAUGAAGAUGACGACGAGCCCUUUGCUCCGGACUCAGCCGCCAUCAGCCGCGGCACUCCGACUCAGGACGUACUGCCCAGACGUCCUUCACCAGGUGGGCGAUUCCCAUCCGACUUGACGAUAAACGCGGAACGGGGCUUACAAGUCCCUCAAUCGCCCGCCAGUGUGAACUCGGGUGUUUUCCAAGUAGGGAACCGCCAGGUUGAUGGCUACGGCUAUGCUGCGGAGAAUGGUGGGAGCGGCACCUUGAGUCGAAGCGGUAGCCAAAGGAACCGCCAUAGCUUUGCUGCCCCCGUGGCUACCGACGUGGGCCAGUACAACGACCGUGACCUAGGAUAUGGAAGCACAGUUCGAAGUCCCAUGAACCAAGUACCUUCGAAUGCUGCAAGGGUUGCCCAGGAGGCGCGUGAGGAUGGCGUUAAUCCUUACACCAGUGAGCCGAUUUCCCAGCAUCAAAAUGGCUAUGCAGACCAUGAAAAUGGGCAAACAUACGGCAUGGUACAAUCAGAUGGUAUAGAAAUACCUCGCAGGUCGAGCAAGAGGGAAGUUGGGGGACUUUCCACCGAUGACCACGAUGGCUCAUUGUCAAAGCCAGUUACCGAGAACUAUGGCGUAGCUGUUCCAACGCACUUGCCCCAAUCGACAGCUGCUGGAGCCACAUCAGACAGAACAAGUAGCGAACUCGACGGCGAGUCAGCCAUCCCUAGGGGUCACAAUCCUGCACCCGGUGUGACAGCUUCUGGCAAUGGGCAUGUGGGUGUGGGAAAUGGCAUGAACGGCCGUCCCGUGUCUGGCACGAUGCGAACUGACAGCCAGCCAACCAUCUCGAACCUCCACAUUCCUGGAGAGUAUCCCAAGACUGCUAAGACGAUGUUUCCGUUUCGAUGA